UCUUCGCCCGAUCUGUUGCUUAGGGUUCAAUCAAAAUCCCCCACAUUUUCUCAUCGACCACAUCAAGCGAGUAUUGGCUUCGUUUUUGAUCCGAAUACGUUUGAAUUUUGAGGAACGGGAAUUUCAUCGAUCAUGACGAUUCAGGAUUCUGGAUUCACGAUGGAGGACGGUGUAAGUUGCUUGCCGUGCACGCCCGAAGAAGAAAAAAGGAUCGUUACCGAAUUGAAAAACGAAUCCGAGCGUUAUUUGAAGGAAGGCAACUUGUAUUUCGUUGUUUCUAGCAGGUGGUUUCGAAGGUGGGAGAGGUAUGUCGGGAUAGACGCUGGUGGAAAUUUGAACCAUUCUUCUGAUUCUCAACAUUCGGAUAUGGAUUCUUCGAUGGUGGCGGAAAUGCCUGGUCCUAUCGAUAACUCUGAUAUUGUUCAAAGUGGAAGCGGUUGCGAUUGCAAGGAAGAUGAGCUACAGCUUCGCAGAACGUUGAUGGAAGGGCAGGAUUAUGUUUUGGUGCCUCAAAAAGUUUGGGAAAAGCUUCACGAAUGGUAUAAAGGCGGGCCAGCAUUGCCAAGAAAGAUGAUUUUGCAGGGUGUUUAUCACAGAAAUUUUGAUGUGGAGGUUUACCCACUUUGUCUUAACUUGAUAGAUUCCAGGGAUGAAAGUCAGUCAGUUAUAUUGUUAAGCAGAAAGGCUUUAGUAUCUGAGCUCUUCCAGAAGGCCUGUGCACUUAGGGGAAUAGAACAGAAUAAGGUUCACAUUUGGGAUUACUUCAACAAGAGAAAGCAUGCACAGCUGUUUGCUUCAAAUAAAACCCUAGAGGAAUCAAACUUGCAUAUGGAUCAAGAUAUUCUUUUGGAGCAAGUUGAUGGACGUCAGUCUGCAAGAUUUGGGAUGGAUUCUACGGGAAAUGAACUAGCUUUGGUUUCCACGGAACCUUCAAGAUCAUCCUUUACGAUUGCUGGGGGGCCAGCCUUGUCGAAUUGUCACUCCUCUGGUUACAAAUCAAAUCUGUAUCCAGGAAGUUCUUUAGGCUCAGGAUUAACGGAUAUAGGUGAUAGUUUUGAUGCCUAUAACUCUGUUAGGAAAGGAGAGGGGAGGGGUUUGACUGGGUUGCAAAACCUAGGAAAUACUUGUUUUAUGAAUAGUGCUCUUCAAUGUUUAGUGCACACACCACCUCUUGUUGAGUAUUUCUUGAAAGACUACAGUGAUGAGAUCAACAUACAAAAUCCUUUGGGAAUGCAAGGGGAGCUAGCACUUGCUUUUGGUGAGUUAUUACGGAAAUUAUGGUCCUCAGGGCAAACAUCAAUUGCUCCACGUGUAUUUAAGGGAAAACUUGCACGGUUUGCACCACAAUUUAGUGGUUAUAACCAGCAUGAUUCUCAAGAACUUUUGGCUUUCUUACUAGAUGGGCUGCAUGAAGAUUUGAAUCGUGUCAAACAGAAACCUUAUAUUGAAAUGAAGGAAGCAGACGAUCGUCCUGAUGAGGAAGUUGCAGCAGAGUCUUGGAAAAAUCACAAGGCUCGAAAUGACUCAAUUAUUGUUGAUGUUUGUCAAGGCCAAUAUAAGUCGACACUGGUUUGCCCAGUUUGCAGCAAAAUUUCAAUUACUUUUGACCCCUUCAUGUAUCUUUCGUUGCCACUACCUUCCACCAUCCCUAGGACAAUGACAGUGACAGUGUUUUAUAGUGAUGGAAGUGGUCUCCCAAUGCGAUAUACUGUCUCUGUGCUGAAAAAUGGUUUCUGCAAAGAUCUCCUUCUGGUUUUGCGUACUGCUUGUUGCUUGAAGACUGAUGAGAACCUUCUACUUGCGGAGGUCUAUGAAAACAGGAUUUGCCGAUAUUUGGAGGUGCCCUUGGAGCCAUUGGUUUCGAUAAAGGAUGAUGAACAUAUUGUGGCCUUCCGAUAUCAGAAAACGGGGAUGGAGAAAACUAAGCUAGUAAUUUUUCAUCGAUGGCAGGAAAAAUCCACAUCAGAUUAUCAUAAAAGUGGAAAGGAGCUUUUCGGUACUCCACUGAUUACUUAUUUGGAAGGAGACCAUAUAAGCGGAGCUGAUAUCAAAACCACUGUUUCUGAAAUAUUGUCACCUUUCAAAAGAAUGUAUUCUUCGGCCAAAUCUCAUAUAGGCAAAGAGAAUGACUUCCUCUCAGAUGGUCUCGAUGAACCAUGCAGCAGUUCUGAUGCUCACUCAGUUGAAAAUGCAGAAUUUGAGCGCAUGUUGAGCACAGACUUAUCACUCCGACUCCAUUUGACUGAUGACAAGAUUACGACCUUCAAGCCUCUUAAGAAGGAUACCCUCUUUGAAUCUGGGAAAAUCUUUGGGAAAAUCUUAAGGGUUGUGCUGGAUUGGACUGACAAAGUACAGAAGCUAUAUGAUGCCAGCUACUUGAAAGACCUCCCUGAAGUUCAUAAAGCAGGGUUUGCUGCUAAAAAGACCCGGCAAGAAGCCAUAUCACUAUCUUCAUGUUUGGAUGCUUUCUUGGUGGAAGAACCACUAGGGCCUGAUGACAUGUGGUAUUGUCCUCGUUGCAAGGAACACAGGCAAGCUGUAAAAAAGCUAGACUUGUGGAUGCUACCAGAGAUUAUUGUUUUCCACUUGAAACGGUUCACUUAUGGCCGAUACCUAAAAAACAAGAUCGACACUUCUGUGAAUUUCCCCAUUCACAAUCUUGAUUUGAGUCAACAUGUCAUGAACAAAGAUGAGCAGUCUUAUAAAUACGAGCUAUACGCCAUCAGCAACCAUUAUGGUGGCCUAGGCGGCGGCCACUACACUGCAUAUGCUAAGUUGAUUGAAGAAAAUAGAUGGUAUCAUUUUGAUGAUAAUCAUGUUUCUCCCGUCGAUGAAUCCGACAUCAAGACUUCAGCCGCUUAUCUGUUGUUCUAUAAAAGAGUUAGAAGUGAAACCGAGAUGGAGACGGAAGAGUCAUCACGUGAUCAUUCUGUAUCUUAAUUACCUUGUUGAGAGAGCAUUCUGCAAUACUUUUGCUUUUUCUUUUAAUUGGAGCUACUUAUGCUGUGCUCACCUACGACGGUACUUGGCUGAGCAAGCCGGCCACUGGUGUCCGGUUUUGUAAACGAUGGAUGGCACCAGAAUGAGAUAAACUCAUGCCGAAAGGAUCUCGGAAUUCGAGGUAGGCAAAAUACAAGUUUCAAUGAUAUUAUUCAUUUUGGGCAGAGUAGUAGCCACCAAAUUUUGGUAAUAGGGCGUUAAAUAUGUAUUAUGCGCUAGUGAUAGCGGCCAUCUAUUAGGGCAUUAAAUAUGUAUUAAGAAAUUAGAAUGUUAUGGUGGUAAAAUUUAAGAAAUUAGGAAUUUAGAAUGUUAGUGAAAUAAUUAUUAUAAAACCAAUACGGCCUACGUAUUAUUUUCUCUCAACUCAGAAAAUAAAUCCAAUGUGACUCUUUGACCAACGUUUUUUCAU